CUGAUCCCGCCAAAUUUCCACAAGCUUUGUAUGUCGGACGUUUUAAUUCAUUCGUGGUGUUUAUGUACGUUGUGUUUUGUAAAUUAAGUUUAAAAAAUGGAUAUUGGUCCUGCGCCUGGUCAAGCACGUGUUUUGGACGAAGUUGGAGUCAAAUGUCAAAAAUUGUUUCAAGAUUUUCUGGAAGAAUUUAAGGAAGAUGGAGUUAUUAAAUACCAGGAACCAGCUAAGGAACUUUCUCAUCCGGAACGCUGCACAUUGGAAGUGUCUUUUGAAGACACAGAAUCUUACAAUCAAACGCUGGCUACAACUGUAAUCGAAGAAUAUUAUAGAGUAUAUCCAUAUUUGUGUCAAGCGGUGUGCAACUUUGUCAAAGAUAUAGGAGAUUUGCAAAAAGAGAAGCAGUGCUAUGUUAGUUUUGUGGAUGUGCCAACUAGACAUAAGUUGAGAGAAUUGAAUUCUGCAAGAGUGGGCACUUUGGCUCGUAUUUCUGGACAGGUAGUACGGACACAUCCUGUUCAUCCAGAAUUAGUAAAUGGCACAUUUAUUUGUAUGGAUUGUAAUGCAUCCAUAAAAAAUGUAGAGCAACAGUUUAAGUUUACAAAUCCAACAAUUUGUACUAAUCCAACAUGCAGUAACAGACGUCGCUUUCUGCUGGAUAUGGACAAUUCAGUGUUUAUUGAUUUUCAAAAAGUACGAAUACAAGAAACACAAGCUGAGCUUCCUAGAGGAUGUAUUCCUCGUUCUGUUGAAGUUAUUUUGAGAGCUGAGAUGGUGGAGCUAGUGCAAGCUGGCGACAAAUAUGAUUUUACAGGAACUUUUAUUGUAGUACCAGAUGUCGGAUCAUUGUCUCUGCCGAGUGCUAAGGCAGAAACUAAACCAAGAAAUAGAAAUAAUGAACAGGGUGAGGGUGUAAAAGGCCUUAAAGCACUUGGUGUUAGGGAAUUAACAUAUAAAACGGCAUUUCUCGCUUGUAGUGUUACUGCCACUAGUUUGAGAUUUGGCGGUACAGAAAUGGCGAUGGAGGAAAUCUCGCAAGAGAUGAUGAAGAAACAAAUGACAGAGGCGGAAUGGAAUCGCAUUUAUGAGAUGAGUCGUGACAAAAAUCUGUACGAAAAUCUGGCUUCCAGUCUGUUUCCCGCGAUACAUGGCAAUGAAGAAAUUAAGAAGGGAAUUAUUCUGAUGUUUUUUGGUGGUGUGCCAAAGACCACGGAAGAGGGCACAUCGUUGAGAGGGGAUAUUAAUGUCUGCAUGGUUGGCGAUCCCAGUACCGCAAAGUCUCAGUUUCUCAAAUGCGUGGCCGAUAUCUCGCCUAGAGCGGUUUACACGUCCGGAAAGGCGUCGAGCGCAGCUGGCUUGACGGCCGCAGUUGUCCGAGACGAAGAAUCCUCGGAUUUCGUUAUAGAAGCUGGUGCGUUGAUGCUCGCAGAUCACGGCAUCUGCUGCAUCGACGAAUUCGACAAAAUGGAUCCGAGAGAUCAAGUCGCGAUUCACGAAGCUAUGGAGCAGCAGACAAUUUCGAUUGCUAAAGCGGGUAUGAGAGCAACUUUAAACGCUCGAACGUCUAUACUAGCGGCAGCUAAUCCCAUUGGUGGACGAUACGACAGAAGAAAAUCUUUGCAACAAAACGUACAGUUGACUGCGCCUAUUAUGUCAAGAUUCGAUUUGUUUUUUGUCGUGCUGGAUGAAUGCAACGAAAUCGUUGACAACGCGAUCGCCAAAAGGAUCUUGGAUCUACAUUGCGAUAAUAUGAAUGACCUUCCGAUGAUGUACAAACAAGAAGAGAUUAUCAGAUAUAUCAAUUUUGCCAAGCAUUUUAAACCUGUUUUAAGUCAAGAAGCUGCUGAUCUUUUAGUCGCAAGUUACACAGCUCUCAGACAAAGAACAGGUACCGGAAGCGGCAAAUGGAGGGUCACUGUGAGACAAUUGGAGAGUAUGGUCAGACUGUCGGAAGCGCUGGCAAAACUGGAAUGCGUGGAUGAAGUAACGGUGAAACACGUGAAAGAAGCGAAACGAUUAUUACAGAAAAGUAUAAUAACGGUAGAACAGCCGGACGUAGACCUCGACGAAGGCAGGGAGGACGUAGGAGCAGACGCUGACGAACCACCGCCUCUUAUGGCAGCACUCAAUGCAGUUGGAAAUAAUGAUGUGCCGCCUUCAACACCCAUGAGUGGAACGCAAGAACCACCAAAAAAGAAGUUAACAGUGUCCUUUGACGAAUAUAAGAAUCUGUCGAACAUGUUGAUUCUCUACAUGAGAAACGAAGAAAGUCGUGCCGAAAGUGAAGAAGGUGACAAUAAGGGCGGUAUAAAAAAAUCUGAAUUGGUUGCGUGGUAUCUAGAUCAAAUACAAGAUCAAUUAGACUCGGAAGAGGAGUUGUUAGAACGAAAAGGCUUCAUUGAGAAGAUUAUUGAUAGAUUGACGUAUCAUGAUCAAAUUAUAAUUCCUCUAACAACAACCGAUUUGAGAAGGAGAGGCACAGAGGACGAAGAAGAAGAGGAUCCUUUACUCGUUGUUCAUCCUAAUUACGUCAUGGAUAUUUAACGUGUAUUUGUUAUUUAUAAUUUUGUAAUAACAUUGGAAAUACGAUCAAAAAAGUCUUCUCUAGAAAUGUUAAUGUAUAUUUUUGCAGAAAAGUGUAUAUUUUAAAACUAUUUUUUUUUUUUA